ACCUCGAUGCCGGCCUACUGUCACGAGGAUUGCCACUACUUUUACCGUACCGCUUUGCGGUUACUCUCCAUCAGCACCUCCAUCUCGCCGCUUUACGCCUAACUAACCUCUUCGGCCAUGGCAGCCCGCACCUUUACCCAACCUGCCUCGCUCAACGGCACUUUGGCAACACACACCCUUACCAUGUCGUCCUCUGAGAUCAACGGCUCUGUCCGUUCCGAAGCUUCCGCAAAGGAGAGUCAGGCUUCCUUUCCGUCUGAAGCACGAAACCCACUAGGCCAUCAUACGAUCCCAAACUCACGACCUGGCAUCACCUUCGCCCACCAAGACAAGCUGCCCAAGCUCCCCAUCCCUGAGCUCGACAGUUCGUGCAAGAAGUACCUCGCCGCCCUCAAACCACUACAGACGCCCAAGGAGCACCACGACACUAUUCACGCCGUACAAGAUUUCAUCAAAUCAGAUGGUCCAUUACUACAGGACAAGUUGAAGAAGUACGCCAACGGCAAAGCCAAUUAUAUUGAGCAAUUUUGGUACGAUUCGUACUUAAAUUUUGACAAUCCGGUGGUGCUCAAUCUAAAUCCUUUUUUCCUACUGGAGGACGAUCCCACCCCGGCUCGCAACAAUCAAGUCACCCGUGCAGCUUCCUUAGUAGUCUCGGCACUUUCCUUCGUACGCGCAGUCCGGAGAGAAGAGCUUCCACCUGAUACCGUCCGCGGCCAACCUCUUUGCAUGUACCAGUACUCGAGGCUAUUCGGUACUGCCAGGAUACCCACCGAGAACGGUUGCCAGAUCGGUCAGGACCCCACCUCUAAGCAUGUUGUCGUUCUCUGUCACGGCCAAUUCUAUUGGUUCGAUGUGCUGGACGAUAACUCUGACCUUAUCAUGACCGAGAAAGACAUUUCACUUAAUUUGGCCUCCAUUGUUGACGACGCCUCCCAGAUACCCAUCCGCGAGGCCGCGAAAGGCGCGCUGGGCGUGCUCAGUACCGAGAACCGCAAGGUGUGGUCAGGCCUGAGAGAUGUGCUGCAUCGGGAAGAAGGCUCGAACAACUCGGAUUGCCUCAAUAUUGUCGAUUCUGCGCUCUUCAUUCUAUGCCUUGAUUACACUGAGCCGCAGACCGGUGCAGAUCUUUGCAUGAACAUGCUCUGCGGUUCAAGCAAAGUGGAACAGGGCGUGCAGGUCGGCACCUGCACGAACCGCUGGUACGAUAAGCUUCAGAUCAUCGUCUGCAAGAAUGGAAGUGCCGGUAUCAACUUCGAACACACCGGUGUUGAUGGCCACACUGUGCUCCGAUUCGCGUCAGAUGUCUACACAGACACCAUCCUCCGUUUCGCGAGGACCAUCAAUGGGAAUGCACCCAGUCUUUGGGCCUCUACCAGCCCCGAUCCAGCCAAGCGGGACCCUGACAGCUUUGGCGAUGUUCAGACAACUCCUCACAAGCUGGAAUGGGACAUGGUGCCAGAGCUCAGCACCGCGCUGCGUUUCGCUGAGACGCGACUAGCAGAUCUGAUCCAGCAAAACGAGUUCGCGACGUUGGAGUUUCCACACUACGGCAAAAACUUCAUGACGUCCAUGGGCUUCUCCCCGGAUGCCUUCGUCCAAAUGGCAUUCCAAGCCGCAUACUAUGGUCUCUACGGCAGGAUGGAGUGCGUGUACGAGCCAGCUAUGACCAAGUUCUUCUACCACGGCCGCACAGAGGCGAUAAGAGCCGUCUCCGAUGAAUCCGCCGAGUUUGUAAAGCUGUUUUGGGGUGAGAACCCGGCUGCCGCUAAAAUUGAGGCUCUACGAAAGGCUUGCCAGAAGCACACCGCGACAACUAAGGAUUGCGCAAAGGCGCAAGGUCCCGACAGACACAUGUACGCCUUGUACUGCAUCUGGCAGCGAGCGAUCGAUGAAGACGGUGCCGAGAUGGCAAGUAGCGAUGGCUGGGAUUCGACGCGACCCUCGAGCCCAGAGGCGGUCAACUCCACUGUCGGGUCGCCGAAACGCUCGUCCAUGCUUUCGGAAACUGGCUCGAUAAGCAGCUCACCACCAGCUCCCGUUCAACACUCAAUGCCAGCCUUAUUCGCCGACAACGGAUGGGACAAGCUCAAUAACACGAUCCUGUCCACAUCCAAUUGCGGUAACCCUUCGCUACGGCAGUUUGGUUUUGGCCCUACCUCAGGCGAGGGCUUCGGCAUUGGAUACAUCAUCAAGGACGGCAGUAUCUCGAUUUGCGCCUCAUCUAAGCACAGACAGACUUCACGAUUCAUCGAUGCACUCGAAGCAUACUUUAUCGAAAUCCGCAAACUCCUCCGACAGUUGAAACGCCGCGGCACCUCAGCUGAUAAGACAGUCUCGCGCGCCCGUGAAGCAGAAGACCACCAUCGACCGAGGGCCUCAAGGGUGAAGAGUCGCGGCCGCAUCAUCACCAGCGACGGCAAGCCUCAAACCGCGCCGCCCGAGGAAGAUACAACAGAAAGCGAAGACGAUGGUCUCGGUGGCUAUGGCUUCUUCGACGCCGGCAUGCUGCUGAGCGCGCUCAAGGCAAAGGAGGACGAGGAGCCAAACGACGACCAGCGCGACGUGAUAAAGCGGAAUAUCGGGCGCAGGCUCAAGUUGGCGGAGUACUGAGUAUGGACGCGUCCGGGAAUGGAGUUGGAGUUGGAGUUGGAAUUGAGAACGA